AUGUCGGCCGAUGCAUUGACUAUAGAGACUUUCACCGAAUAUGGCAUCGGAAUGGUCUUUCUGGCUGUCCGCCUAUAUGCCAGGAUAGAAAUGGGAGGAAUUCGUGGACUCCGACUUGAUGAUGCUUUUGCAGUUGCUGGAAUGAUCUUUUGGACUAUGCAGACCGUCAACAUAUACCUAUUAGAACUAUUUGGCAAUAACAUCGGAUUAAAUGACAAAACAGCCAUGCUAGUUCCACAUAGCAAACUCGACAGCAUGAUUCUCGGAUCCAAGUUAGCUUUCAUGAACUGGAUAUGGUAUGUUUGCUAUAUCUGGAGUCUGAAAGGCGUUCUUCUAUGUCUCUACUGGAAACUCACACAAGGAACCUGGCACCGUCAUCUUGUCACAGCCGCAGCAGGAUUCUGUGGAGUUACCUGGCUCGCGUGUCUAUUGACACACAUCUGUAUCUGCACGCCAGUCACACGGAACUGGCAAAUCAAGCCCUACCCCGGAGACAACUGCACUCUCAGAGGCCCACUAUACAUUGUGAUCGCCGUCUUCAACGUUCUAUCGGACCUCUGCAUCAUCCUAAUCCCAAUCCCAAUCCUGACGAAACUCCAAGUUCCCCUCCAACGCAAACUAAUCCUGGUGAUAAUGUUCUCAUCGGGAAUAUUCAUCAUGAUCUGCACAAUCCUCCGAGCCUACUACUCUCUCAGCUCAAUAACAAACCUCCCAAUAGCCCUUGGCUGGGCUGAUCGCGAAUGCUUCGUCGCCGCAAUCGUCGUGUCCCUGCCCGGCAUCAAGCCGCUCUUCCGCAACUCACGCUGGCUGGGCUCGACAAACCGCAAGAACUCCAAUUCCCCAUACUACAAAAGCGAUGGGUAUAAUGCGUUUGGGUCAAAAGCGUCCGGGAAGACGAAGACUUUCGUUACGUCUCGGCCAAGGAAGGGUGGGAACUUUGAGUUGGAUAGUGUUUUGCAUACGACUAAGGAUAGUCGUGAUGGCAGUCAGGAGUAUAUCCUUGAGGGUGAACGGGUUGCUUCGCCUGCUGCUGGCCCCGUUGGACAGGCUGGGCAGCGGGAUAUGGCUAUUCGGGUUACGACUGAGUACACGCUUGAGAGUGAAGGGACUAAUGGUGUCCCGAAGCGUCCGGAACUAUAA